GGAAUCUCAAUCCCUCACCACCCAUGUUCUCGACUGCGGUGCAUCGGGACACGAGUUCAGACGACGACCCUGGGGCCUGGGCCGACCGACCGCAUCUGCUUCCAUGUCUCCCCCACGAUCAGGAAGCGGGGCCGCGACACCAUUUGCUCUCCAGCCGGCCAGCCCCCCAUCCAGAAGCAUCAAAGCAAUCAGCGACACACCGGCCGGCAGCCACUGUGGGGUUUAGUGCCAUGGAAACCCCCUCCCCGAACUAAAGAUCAACAUCCCUGGGCCCCCUCUCUGCCUGCCUUGCGGAAGCUGGCACCGCACCGCCGCCUGACAGAUACAGAUACGGCGCAUGGCAGUGGCUGUGGAGUCUGCUCGACGCUACGAGCACCAAAUGCAGCACCUGGUCCACGCUUUCUCCAGACUGACAACUGGGUCAUCAGCCGUUUAAACCGCUCUUUCUCCAGGCAUUCUUCCCCAGAUAACGGACCCAGUGCGGCAAAGAGAUGCCGGAGGGGGAGGAGAGAGCAGCUUCGUAAUGACGAUGGUCGCGCAGAUUGAGGGGCCCCGCCUCCCCGAUAUCGUCGCUGGCUGCGGCUCGCUCGCUCGCUCGCCCGCGCAUUCUGUCUGGCCUGGCCUGGCUUUCGCGACGGCACUACGUAUUGCCACGACUAGCGACCGACCACCAAGGCCAGGGCGCCCGGCGGGCUAGAUCUGCUAUCGGGGGGCUGCCGUCCACCUUGCCCAAAAUGAGCUGCAGUGGCUGACCGCGGAACCAUGGCUGGAGCGAAUAGCGUUCCCCGGAUGGCGGUGCAUGGGGGAACACACACACACACACACGCUCACAGACGCAGCACACGCGCGAUACCAGCACCAACCCAGCCUUGCUCUUGCUAUUCCCCAAGGCCCUGCCCCUUCUCCCCUUCCCGCCGAGCUACCCCAGGGCCGCAGUUCACCGAUGGCUAAAUAAAGGGGAUGCUCGCCGGGGACGUCAUGUCCUGAUAACCACCUUGACCAGAGCUCGCAUAACCCCCAUCCAGUGCUGCUCGCGAGUAUAAACUUGGCCCGUCGCCCAGGCCAUCGCUCACCCUGAGACAUCUGCCUCUCUUGGUUCUGCCCCCCUGUUGCAACGUCCCCUUCAUCCACGUUACACCAGACUCUCUCCUCCGCCCACGGCUCUGCCCCAGAUCGCUCUUGGCACUCACUCGGAGCAUCGCGACAAGAGCUCGGCGUGAACAGAGAGCAUCAUGGCCGCCAACAGGGACGAUGUCGAUGCCGUGGCCAGCGCUCAGGGCAAAGGCGGCGAGGACAUUGACCACAUCGAGAGUGGCCCCAAGGACGGCAUGGUUGCCGACACGGCUCGCGUGCUCGACCCUGUUGCCGAGCGAAAGCUCGCCUUCAAGUUUGACAUUCGUCUGUUGCCUGUCCUGGCCGUCAUGUACCUCUUCAACGCCCUCGACAAGGGCAAUCUCAGCAACGCCCAGACCAACGGCCUCAGCAAGAACCUAAACUUCAAGGACGGCCAGUACAACCUCGUCGUGUCCAUCUUCUUCGUGCCCUUUGUCGUCUUCGCGCCGCCCCUGGCCAUGCUCGGCAAGAAAUACGGCCCCGCGCGCUCGCUCCCGGUCAUGAUGUUCACCUUUGGCACCAUGACGCUGUGCACCGCAGCGACGCAAAACUUUGGUGGCAUCUUCGCCGUCCGCUGGUUCCUCGGCAUGGCCGAGGCCGCCUUCUUCCCCAUGGUCAUCUACUACCUAACCACCUUCUACCGCCGUGGCGAGCUCGCGCGGCGCCUUGCCGUCUUUUACGCCGCGUCCAACAUCGCCAACGCCUUCAGUGGCUUGCUCGCCUUUGGCGUCUUCCACAUUAAGAGCAGCAUGUUUGCCUGGCGCUACCUGUUCCUCAUCGAGGGCUCCGUCACCGUGCUCUUCGCCGUCUUUGCGUUCUGGUACCUGCCCAAGAGCGCCGCCGAGGCCAAGUUCCUCAACGAGGAGGAGCGCGCCCUUGCCUUUCACCGCAUCCAGGUCGAUUCCUCGUCCGUUGUCGCCGAGGAGUUCAACCUGCGCGACUCGCUCAAGGUCUUCACCUACCCAUCGUCGUACGCUUUCCUCGCCAUCGAAGUCUGCCUCGGCGUGCCGCUCCAGUCCGUCGCGCUCUUCUUGCCGCAGAUUAUCCAGCGCCUUCAGUACUCGACGGUCAAGACCAACCUCUACACCGUUGCCCCCAACGUCACCGGCGCAGUCAUGCUCCUCGUGCUCGCCUUUGCGUCCGACCACGUACGCCUUCGUUUCCCCUUCAUCGUCCUGGGCUUCGUCUUCACCCUCACCGGCUUCGUCAUCUACGCCGCCAUCACCGACGUCACCGAGUCGCUGCAGCUCGCCUACUUCGCCACCUUUAUGAUGUGCUGGGGCACGUCGGCGCCGUCGGUGCUCCUCUCGACGUGGUACAACAACAACAUCGCCCACGAGGGCCGCCGCGUCACGCUGACGUCGGUGGGCGUCCCCCUGGCCAACGUCAUGGGCCUCGUCGCGAGCAACAUCUUCCGGGAGCACGACGCCCCCAAGUACCUACCCGCGCUCAUCACGGCCGCCUGCUUCGGCGUGUGCGGCGCCACCAUCGCCUGCCUCUUGGGCGUGUACAUGCUGUUCGACAACAAGCGGCGAGACCGCAAGGCCGGCGUCAAGAUUGACGCGCGGGACAUUCCCACGCAGAGGUUGCGCGACGGGCCGAGCGUGCCUGAGUUUAGGUGGUUCCUGUAGACGGAGGAAAGAUGCUUGUUUUGUACAAAGUGGGAUGGUAGCCCCUGGGCAAGUAGAUGAGCGAUUCUGGAUUUGGUUCAAAUGAAUAGUCAAUUCUGGUUUAGAUCCUGUGAGUGCCC